AACACAUAUUAGUUACCUUCAAUUUUCAAUCAGAAGAAUGCCUAUCCCGGUGAUUGACUUCUCGAAACUCAAUGGCGAAGAGCGAGCUACGACAAUGGUGCAAAUAGCUAAGGGAUGUGAAGAAUGGGGAUUUUUUCAGUUGGUGAAUCAUGGAAUCUCAGUGGAUCUUCUUGAAAGGGUGAAAAAGGUAAGCACCGAAUGCUAUAAGAUAGAGAGGGAAGAAGAGUUUUUCAAGAACUCAACACCCGUCAAACGAUUGAAGGAAUUAAUCGACAAGAAAAGUGGAGAGAAACUUGAAAACAUCGACUGGGAAGAUGUCUUUCUUAUUUCAGAUGAUUAUGAAUGGCCACAAAAGACCCAAGGAUUCAGGGAAACCAUGAUGGAAUACCGAUCCGAAUUAAAGAAACUGACGGAGAAGGUGAUGGAAGUGAUGGACGAAAACUUGGGGAUACCAAAGGGGUACAUUAAGAAGGUUUUAAAUGGUGGAGAAGGCGAAAAGGCGUUUUUCGGGACUAAGGUUAGUCAUUAUCCAGCAUGUCCACAUCCUGAGAUGGUGACCGGUUUGCGAGCCCACACGGAUGCUGGAGGAGUCAUCCUUCUUUUCCAGGAUGAUGAGGUUGAUGGGCUUGAGAUUCUAAAAGAUGGUAAAUGGAUUGAUGUUCAACCAAUCGCGAAUUCGAUUGUCAUCAAUACAGGUGAUCAAAUUGAAGUUUUGAGCAAUGGAAGGUACAAGAGUGUAUGGCAUAGGGUUAAUGCUAAGUCCAAUGGAACUAGAAGAUCAAUAGCCUCAUUCUAUAAUCCAUCCUAUAAUGCAACUAUUGCACCUGCACCCGAACUAAUCGAAAAAGAGAAUGAAACGGUUAAUCAUCUUUGCUACCCGAAGUUCGUGUUUGGUGACUACAUGUCCAUAUACACCGAACAAAAGUUUCUCCCGAAAGAGCCACGAUUUCAAGCUGUGAGAGCGGUUUAACGAAAAAAUCGUAUUUCCUGUCCAUACAAAGCCUAAUGGAUAAAUAAGAUUUUCGUUACCAAAGUCGGAAUGUAUUAUUCAAUUUAUUGUUGUAGUCUUCUGAUUACUUUCUAUUUGUAAUUCAUCAUUCAAGAUUCAUAUCUAUUUAAAAGUUGUUACCAAGUUUACCUAACUAUGGACUUGAAAUGCUUAUUUUUAUUA